CGGCAGCAGCAGCUGCAGCUACUGAGCUGCGCUCCGCCCCGUGCCAGCGCCCGCAGCAACUUUGCCGCUCCGAAGGCUGCGGAAGCGGGGCAAUGUAGGCGCACCCGGCGGCAGAGCCUCCCCGGCUGCGCGGAGCAGAGCCCCCCCAGCCUCUUCCCGGUGGGGCGGAGCGGAGUCCCCCUCCUCCAUCCUUGGCGGAGCAGCGCGGAACGGAGUGGAGCUCCCCGCUUCUCUUCCUCCUUCCCUGCCUCGUUCCCUCGCCGGCGGCGGCCGCAGCCCACGGCAGGAGCGCGGAUGCGGCGCGGAGCCCGGCAGAGCCCAUCGAGGGGCCGGGGCCGGGCGCCGCGAAGAGCGGGGGGAUGCUGAGCCCCGCCGCCCGGCACCGCGCCCGCCUCCGGGAGAUGCUCCUCGUGCUCGCUCUGUGGCUGGCGUGGCAAGAAGUGCCCGCGGCGCCGACACCCGCGGCGGACGACAUCACCCUGGGAGUUGACUGGCUGACAAAAUUUGGGUAUCUGCCUCCUCCGGACCCAGUCACGGGGCAGCUGCAGACGCAGGAGGAGCUCACCAAGGCCAUCACUGCCAUGCAGAGGUUCGGGGGGCUUAAGGCCACAGGAGUCCUAGAUGAAGCCACCCUGGAGCUGAUGAAGACUCCUCGCUGCUCUCUGCCCGACCUCACCAUUGAAGCGUCCAGGAGGAAGCGAUUUGCCCAGGCUGUCACCAAGUGGAGCAAAAGGAACUUGUCCUGGAGAGUUCGAACCUUCCCAAAAGAGUCCCACCUGGGCCACGACACUGUCCGAGCCCUGAUGUACUAUGCCCUGAAGGUCUGGAGUGACAUCACUCCACUGAAUUUUCAUGAAGUGGCCGGAAACAAUGCUGAUAUCCAGAUAGACUUCUCCAAGGCAGAUCACAAUGAUGGCUAUCCCUUUGACGGGCCUGGUGGGACAGUGGCUCAUGCUUUCUUCCCCGGUGACCAUCACACAGCAGGGGACACUCAUUUUGACGAUGACGAAUAUUGGACCUUCCGAUCAUCAGACACUAAUGGGAUGGACCUUUUUGCUGUAGCUGUCCAUGAGUUUGGCCAUGCCAUUGGCUUGACCCACAUCUCUGCCAUAGAGUCUAUCAUGAGACCCUACUACCAAGGUCCAGUGGGGGAUCCUCUGAAGUAUGACCUACCUUACGAGGACAAAGUCCGGAUCUGGCAACUUUACGGAGUCAGGGAGUCUGUGUCCCCCACAGCUAAACCUGAAGUAAGCAAAACAGAUGAUCAUCCAAUCCUGCCAGAGCUGCCAGAGAACCGCUCCACUGUCCCGCUCAGGCGGGACAUGCCCAACAGGUGUACCACCCACUUUGAUGCAGUGGCUCAGAUCCGGGGAGAGGCUUUCUUCUUCAAAGGCAAGUACUUCUGGAGACUGACUCGCAAUAAGCACUUGGUCUCCCUCCAGCCGGCUCAGAUUCACCGUUUCUGGCGAGGCUUGCCGCUCAACCUGGACAGCCUGGAUGCAGUCUAUGAGAGAACCAGCGACCACAAGAUAGUCUUCUUCAAAG